CAAACAGCUGCACCAGGAAGAACCGAGAACCAGGAACCAGUGGAGCCGCGACAUGCUGUGGCGCAGAGCCGCCCGCUGACCAGCUCACUAUCACGCCCUGACCUGCACCUUCUGGGGGACAUGGGGGGCUCUCAGAGCGUCCAGAUACCGGGUGGAGGCACCGAAGGAUACCACGUCCUCCGGGUCCAAGAGAAUUCCCCCGGCCAUCGUGCAGGACUGGAGCCUUUCUUUGAUUUUAUCAUCUCAAUAUGUGACACUAGAAUGAACAGGGACAAUGACACCCUGAAGGAGCUGCUGAAGAUUAACGUGGAGAGGCCCAUCAAGAUGCUGUUGUACAGCAGCAAGACGUUGGCUGUGAGGGAGACAACCGUCACUCCCAGCACCAUGUGGGGCGGCCAGGGGCUGCUGGGAGUCAGCAUUCGCUUCUGCAGCUUUGAAGGAGUUAAUGAAAAUGUUUGGCACGUCUUGGAAGUCGAGGCAAACUCUCCUGCAGCCCUGGCUGGGUUGAGGCCUCACGCCGACUACAUUAUAGGAGCAGACACCGUCAUGAAUGAGAGCGAAGAUUUGUUUUCCCUCAUUGAGACUCAUGAAGGGAAGGAGCUGAAGCUGUACGUUUACAACACAGACACAGACAACUGCCGCGAGGUGGUCAUCACUCCAAACUCUGACUGGGGUGGAGAGGGCAGUCUGGGAUGUGGGAUUGGUUACGGCUACCUGCACAGGAUACCUACACAGCCAUUUGCAGAGGGCAAGAAGAUGAGUUUCCCUGCACAGACUCCUAAUGAACCAGCACCUCCACCUAAAGAUGGCUUCACAGAGAUAAACUGUGAUUUUGGUCAGCAGGUCCAUCUCUCUGCUGUCGUUCCAACUGUUCCAGUUGUUGUGUCGUCUUCUGCUUCAACUGGUUUAGAGCAGUCUCUUUCCAGUUUGUCAGUCAGCUCGAACCCAACCGCUGUCCUGAGCCAUCUGUCAACAGGAGCUUCUACUGUCCUGUUGCCCAACAAGGCGACUGCCUCACAAAGCGUUCCAUUGUCUGUCAAUCCUACUCCAACAAUCCCAGGUCUAAUGCCCAUGCCUGGAGGUCUUCCACCUUUUCCUAAUUUACCAAACCUAAACAUGACUUUACCAGAUAUGGGUCAUGUAAUACCACCUGGAGUUGGACUACAACAUGCAGGUUUUCCGCCUCUUCCUCCUCUCAACUUGCCAGGUGUAGUCCCUGGUGUAACUCUGCCUCCAUCUGACUUAGUUUUUCCCCACAUCACUGCUAAUACUGCACCUGCAGCAACACAGAAUAGCACAUCUCCAUCUUCCACUAUUCAAAUGAACAGUUCACUGAUCAAAACCCCCAACCUGCCAUCAGCGAACACCUCUGGAUCGAUAAAUAUCAUGAUGUCUGGGGAAUCGUCUUAGCACAGAACACCAUUCUAGGAUGUCAAGCUUGCUCUGAAGUCCUUACUCUGUAUCAAACACCAAGUCCAUUCGCUGCACCACUCAGCUGACAAAUUGCUCUUACACACACCGUUAAGAUUGUUGUACGAGCUCAAGGGAGAUACUGGAACUACACUGCUGUUCCUUCUUAACUGCAGCAGAAAUCCAGGUUGUGCCAAGAAUGAUCUGCGAAAAGAAAAUUGCAUCUGAAGAGCAGUGUUUGGUCGGUAGAAGAAAAAUGAAGAUUAAGUCAAAAAGCUUUCAGCAGAGUUAAAACGCUGUUGCAGAACAACUUUAAAAUAGUACAAAUAAAGUAAUAGGUAUGAUAAUUUUGCUCAAAACAAGUUGUAAAAAUGGGUUACUUUAAGUGUGCAUCUUUAGGGGUUAAUCUGAAGGGAAGAUGGAGCUGUUACUUAUACGAAUGGGGAUUUUCUUUCAGAAAACAAGGUUUGCUUGCUGCAGCAUUGUAGCCAUUAGUAAACGGUUUUGAUUUUGUACAGAAAAUGAUUUGUAAAGUGAGAUAUCGUUAUCUUGAAUAAACUGAUGUAUUUUCUCUA